CGGGAGAAGGAUUUCCAAACCGUCUUUUCACUGAUCCAAUUCACGUUAAAGAGGUGCAUGAUGCUGCUGAUGCAGUUGCUGAGGGGUGCAGUGAAGCAUGCUGGGAGCCUUCCACGGUGCCGCGUUGAGAGACUGAACUCAGCAGUACGAGGCAUCAGCUCGUCUUCACAGCAGUUAUCAGCUCACCCUCCAUCCUGCACCGACACUGAACACCCCAAAGUCCUCAUCACUGGAGGGCUUGGACAGCUCGGAGUAGGGCUCGCAAAGUUGCUGAGGAGACGGUUUGGAAAGAAUAACGUCAUCCUGUCUGACAUUAGGAAACCCCCCAACCAUGUCUAUCACAAUGGUCCCUUCAUCUUCUCAGACAUCCUGGACUAUAAGAACCUCAGGGAGAUUGUGGUGAACAACAACAUCAGCUGGCUGGUUCACUACUCGGCGGUUCUGUCCGCUGUGGGAGAGACUAACGUUGCUCUGGCCAAAGAGGUCAACAUCACAGGUCUCCAUAACAUAUUAGACAUAGCAACCGAACAUGGUCUGCGUGUGUUUGUCCCCAGCACCAUCGGUGCCUUCGGUCCGUCCUCGCCCAGGGACCCCGCCCCUGAGCUCUGUGUGCAGAGACCACGCACCAUCUACGGCGUCUCCAAGGUCCACGCCGAGCUGAUGGGUGAGUACUACCACCACAGGUAUGGGCUGGAUUUCCGCUGUCUCAGGUAUCCAGGCAUCGUCUCAGCUGACUCCCAGCCUGGAGGAGGAACCACAGACUAUGCUGUCCAGAUCUUCCAUGCAGCCGUGAAGUCCGGCUGUUUUGAGUGCUACCUGCGCAGCGACACACGUCUUCCUAUGAUGUACAUUGACGACUGUCUCAGGGCGACUCUGGAGGUCCUGGAGGCUCCUGCUGAGUCUCUGUCCAGCCGCACCUACAACAUCCACGCCAUGAGCUUCACGCCACACGACCUCAUCCAGGAGAUCCACAAAGUCCUGCCUGACCUCAAGGUUACCUACAGCGUGGAUCCUGUCAGACAGGCGAUAGCGGACGGCUGGCCCAUGGCGUUAGAGGACAGCGCGGCGAGGCGGGACUGGGGCUGGAAGCACGAGUACGACCUGUCAGAGAUGGUGCAGAGCAUGCUGACUCACAUCAGUACAGGAAACCAGCUCGCACGAGCAAACUGAGCCUUUAAAGCAUUUGUGUCGCAACUGUGUUGAAAGCUUUAUUUGAAAAUAUGUGACAAUGAGAAUUUAAGUUAUUGUUAUGUCCUUACACAUAUCUUAAGAAUACGACGGCAUGUUAGGGCCAAAAAAUAUGCAGCAUGAAGAGGGGGAUAAUACUAUGAUAAAACUUAAAACCAAAAAGAUAAAAUUCAUAAAUGUAUAAGGAAAACAAUCUGAUAUUCUCAGAGAUUCAAAUGGUAAAUGAAUGAGCAAAAACAAGGGUUUUUUUCAGAUAAGAUAAGUUAGAACUUUAUCUAUCCCGAAGGAAAUUCUGGUUCCAGAUUGCUCCAUUAAAUUCUUGUGAAUUUGUGACUUGAUUCUUAGAUAAAAUCCUUGUUUUUCUCCUAAAAAUAAGAAUCUAUCUUGGAGUUUUCCCAGGAUAUUACCCCCUUCUCCCUGCUCUUUUUCUCACCUACAAUGGCCGUAAUAUGCCGUUAUCUAUCUCAUAUAAGCUCCUAAAUUAUUAAAUACAAAAACCAGACAGGGGGAUUAGAAUUUAGACCCUACUGCAAAUUUAAAUGAAUGUACCUCAGAUAUGAACUUCCAUAUCAGAGGCAAAAAAACAUUCCAGACCUCUCAAUAUCAUAAUAUUUCUGAUCAGAUUUUGCACCAUCUCCUCAUCCGUCCAUCUCAUCUCUCUCUGUUCUUCUGGAGAACCUGCUGGAUCCCGUCUCUGAGUUACUGAGCUUGUUUUAGAGCAGCGUGGUCUCUCUGAAUGUACUGUACGUAUGUAUUUAUGUCAUGUUGUAUCUGUGAGUAUGCAGAUGAUGAUAUAUGCAGCUGUCAUCUGUCGCAGCUGAACGCUCGCCUUAGGGGACACUAGUGCCGUCCUCGAAACCAGUUGGCUUUAAACUGAGCUGCACUCCAACUGGUCACUAAUAUGUACUGUAAGCAGCAACACUGGAAGGCUUUACCUCGGCUACUGUUACCGUAGAAACUGUCACCCAGCUGCAGGGAGUUACAGGUAGCUGUAGGCCUUAAAGUGAUGCUAACUAAAGAAGAAGAGCUUAAAAAGCUUCAUACUUUGCACUAAAUGAGGUGCUUUUGAUAUUUUUUUGUCUAUUUAGAUUAUUUUUAUGGUUGCUUUGUGUUUAGUCUCAGUUCUGAAAAUUCAUGAAUGUUGAAUCGAUGAAUGCAUCAGCAGUUAUUUGCAUUUAUUGAGGGAAAAAUAGAGCUCUUUAGUUUUGUAGCAGUACUGUAAUGCCUUAGAUGUGUGCAGGAGAAGUGCAACUUUUUUUUUUUUUUAAAUAUUGAUGUUAUUUAUUGUUUGCAGCUUCGACUCAAAAGGACUACUUUAUAAAAAAAUAAAUACUUGAAUGAAACCA